AUGACACGGUCUCCUGCUUUCACAGCUAGGAGAGCUUCCCAGGACGAUUCUGAGAACCUGCGAGACUGGCUCUCUGACAUGAAAAGCCAAUGCUGCCCUCCCCAGGAGCAGCUCCUGUAUGCAGCCCCCUGUUGCCAAGUCUCCAGUGGUAUGCUUCUAGAGAUUCAGCAGUUGAUGUUAGGGCAAAGAACCCUGGCUGUGUCCACUUCAACUGAAGAAUCACAGCAAUUGCUGUCUCAGAGAAGCACCUCUAUUGUCUCCACUUCAGCUGAAGCAUCACAGAACUUCUCUUACCUAGAGAUUUUGUCUUUAUCUGGUCUUCCUGAGCUGAGUAUGCUCCUGAGUGCCAAACAUUUCAGAGAGCCCAUUCUGGCAUCAGUAACCUUCACAAGGUUACAAUUACUAGAAGAAAAAUCCUUAAGCCAGAUGGCUGUUCCAUCGAAGUACAAGUUCAGCAUCCAACUUUAUUGGGUUGAACACCUGCUGCUCGGGCAGGGUCUUCAAUUACCAACUACGUCCACGAACCCAGAAAUUUUGUCUUUAUCAAGUUUCGGCAAGCAUCAGCAAGAUACCAUAUAUAAAAAUCUUAUAUUUGUACAAGGUAGUCAAGAUGAACGACCCCUGAAAUUUCAUGUAAUUUUGCUGUGCUUAAACAUUGUUUUGGCCAAUGACACUGACUUUAUGGCUUUUCAAAAAGUUACUGUCUUCCAAUCUUACUUACCACAAGGCAACUCUGAAGUCCUCAAGCUUUUUGAGGCCCAUGUUAAAAAAUGGCUACAGUUCCAGAGAUGGGGGCAACCCAGGCACUUGAUGGGGUCCAUGAAGCACAACAAGGCUGACUUAUUAUCAUUUGCUCACUCUAGAUAUAGCCAGCUAAUUUCAUUCCUUAUGAAUGAUACUUUUAAUAUAUGUAUUGAAACAACUGGGACCACUUACCACAAUGCCUUGGGUUCAUUUAUUAUUACCAGCCAGACUGCUCUGGUCUUCUCUAGUUUUGAACAGCCCAUAGUAGACACAGAACAAAACCGUUGCUACCAGAAUAUCUCAAAUUAUUUGGCUCUGACUUUGCCCUUUGAGUCUUUUAGAUACCUAUUUAGCUUUUAUACAAGACCUGGGAAACAGGCUGACAACAUGAAGGCCUAUCAGACCCAGAACCACAGUCCACUCAACUGUGGCCACCUUUGUCUGUACAAUGAGACCCUACUUGCUACCUGCAGAGGCUCUCAAGCUCUCUCCAUGAACAGGGCCAUGUCCCAGCCCUUGCUGAAUAUUCCUUCUCUCUGCAAUGUGUAUUAUUUCUUCCUGUUGCCAAAUUGCACACUCUUCUCAUCACUAUAUUCUUCCCCAUGUACCCCAAACUGGAUCUCUGUCCAUGUGGACCAACAGAUGAAUGUCAUUGCCAAGUUUCUUAUGCUGGGUGCAUGUGAAACCAAGGAGCGGCACCUGCUGCAGAUGCAGCUGCAGCUUGGGUGGAAUAUGUUAACUGUUCUGCAGAGAUGGCAGUACAACCAGAGUAUCACAGUAUAUGAAGGACGCAACACAGUCCAAACUCCCGAGACUGUGGAUACUCCCUGGCUAGGGAAGAUAGCGUCAUUUCUCCUCAGGGAACAUGCAAUCAUCUUUUAUAGUGUCUGGAUGCUGGUGGAGUCCAAGCUCCAAAAGGAUUUUAUUCACCAUGAAUGGGGCCUACCCCUGAAAUCCAUGAAGUCAGUACAAUGCUAUGCUGACCAACGACCCCUGUCCUGGAUCAACACAGUCUUUGGCAAUCUUAGAAUCUCCCAGGUUACAGGCCCAGAGACCAGUUGGUUUAGUGACCUGUUCUCCCCAAAUUCGGCCUCAAUGUCAUUCUUCAGGGCCCACUUGCCCACUCAGACCCAAGCAUUAUGGAAUGCCCAAAUCAUCUCCAAACAUUGGCAGAUGCACUUGAGUCUUGUCUUUGCUCAGAGAUGUAUGUCCAGGGACUCAAGAAUUCCUGGAAGCUUCAAAAAGUUCAAUGAAUUCUCUGUUAAGGUUCCAGAGAACAAAAAUAUGGGAGUAGUGCCUCUAGGAAAUAAAAUUGAUAUUGACAUUCUAGGUUUAUACAAAACAUCUGUCUUGAGAAAAGGAAAUUUCCAUCUAAAAGGAGAGAACCUAGAGACAUGGUGGGGGAUUCCCAUUAAAGGCAGAGAGUCCAGGGAAGAAGCUACAGAAAUGCCUGAAAACACGUAUGUUCAAGCGGUCCUUGGGAAUAGAUCUAAAAUUAUGCCAAUUUCAUUCCCAAAACAAGUCAUUAUAAGACAGAGAGAUCCAAAACCGAUUCACCUAGAAACCCGGCUUAUCACCAAUCUAAAGGCAGUGUUGCUGAGUCAGCAGAGAGCCAGUUCCAGAGCUCUUGCUUUUGCCCACUGCACCAGUAAGAGCAUCACAGAGGAGCGGGCAGUCUUUGCUCUGGUGGAAACCAGAGUAUACCGCACCAGCCUGGGGAAGCAAUGGUUCCCUGAGUCCUUUAACCAUAGAAAGAGCAAGGGUUUUGUUCAUGUUACCUUUCUAACCAAAAAGAAAGAAGACCCAAGGAAGCCCAGGCCAGUGGAGGGCUGUGGAGCAGGGGAAGAAGGGCUUGGGCUUCCUUCAACCAGAAAUAGCACAAACAAUACUAAAGACCAGAGUUCGCCAAUGCAGCCUUUGGAUAGAUCAUCCCAGGACCCCUGUGAAGAUAGUGAUAACUUUGGUCUUACUGUCUCUCAUCAAGAGAGUCCCCAGCUCAAUCCUGUCCUUGAGCUCCCUCCAGCCAUCUGUGAGAGGAUAAACUCUGAUGAGAACUUUCAAAGUAUUCAAACCAACAUGAAUGUAUUUCCAAAACAAGAAAAGAUUCCUGGGGCUUCCCUGCCUACAGUGCCCCAGGCUUCACAUGCCCAACCUUUGUUGGAUCCACUAAUUAAGGAUAAGCAGUUGGCUGUCCAAAUACUUCAUGGUGAUAUGUCCCAAGAAAAGGAGAUAAUAGAUCAAACUCUAAAGGAAUCUAGACCUUCCAAACGUGCAAAGAAAAGGAAAAUGAAAUUCUUUCUCAGUUGUAUUUCAUGCAAAACAGUAGAUGAGGAAGCUGUGUCCUCAUCAGGAGAGAAAAAACCCAAAAGAAAACUAUGCUGCUUCUGGAAGAGUCUGGCUCGAGCCAAAGGCCUUUUUGGUAAAACUAAGACAGAAAAAGCAACUGGGGACCCCAGUACCCAAUCUCCCCUGAGGAGGGAUGAAAAUCCAGCCUUUACAGAGGACUUCCAGGUCCUGGAAAUUAGCUCAAAUACCAGCUACAGAACUCUGUUCUUUUCUUACAACACCAAUCUCAGUGGCUCUCUACCGACUGUCUCCCGGGCAACUUCUACCCCGAAGCCCCCAAAAGGUCUCUAA